GGCUAUACAGUAUUGAGCACCACCAGGAGCUCGAUUGACCAUCCGAUACCCAACACACAGUCUUCUCUACUGCACCAAUCUCCCUUUUACAAUGCCUCCCGUUCCUGCGCAACAUGGCGGUGCCAUGGGCCCUGGAAUCGCCGACAAGAUGAAGAUGGGUGCCCUCAUGGGUGGAACCGUUGGAUCCGUCAUGGGCUUCGUUUUCGGCUCCGUUAACAUCAUGCGCUACGGUGCCGGCCCCAACGGCAUCAUGAGAACUCUGGGACAAUAUAUGCUUGGUUCAGGAGCAACUUUUGGCUUCUUCAUGUCCAUCGGUAGUGUCAUCCGUUCUGAUGCUUCUCCCAUUGCCGAGGAGGCUUUCCGAAGGGCCAACCGAAGGCCCAUCAUCAUGUACGGCCCCGGCUCCGAUUACGCGAAGCGCCAGCAAUAAGCUAGAGGAGAAUUCGAAAUACCCUGUACAUCAUCAUGUAGGAGACUAGUAGGCUGUUGCAAAAGGACGGCACGAUGCUACAACACCGGCAUCAAAUGGAUAUCUGUAUAAUACUUAGGUGCUGGGCAUAUCACGACUGCAUGAGAAAAGUUAUUGCAUCUUACAGGCGAGUCUUUGUAUUCGCC